CUUACAAUCCGGUUUAAAAGUCCGGUUCGAGCAUAUUCAUCAUGCAGUUGUUGACAAUUUUAAUUGUAUUUUUUCUACACGAGUCAGAAGUUUUUUGUGAUCAGUUAUUUACGUUCCGCGGAAAAUCUAGUUCUUCGAAUCUUUGGCCGGGAUCAUGGCCUAGGCAUCAAAUGCGUCCGCUAGUGUGCAUCAGUGAUAAUCCUUACGAUCCUCUCAUUUGGAAUACAAAUCUCGUCUGGAAGCAGAAAGAUACAGUCUAUCUCGAUAGAGACAAUAUAACUAAGCCCAAGCUGUCGAGUCCUAUUCCAGAUACUUAUGGAAUAAAUUGCGAUUUCAAUAGCGAAUUAAAUCCUUGCUUUUCAAAAUGGUCACAAUUGGACGGUCAGUGGAAAGUGGUUGAAUCUUUGGAUGUACCCAUGGGUCCAAUUUUUGACAGCAGAUGGGACGAUUUACAGGAACAUACGACAUUCAAUUCUGAAAGGAAAAACUUCAAGUUGAUUAAGACACUCAGAGAUACGGGCACCGUAGUACUUUCUAUACGGGGAGACGGCAACGCGCAUUUUCUUCUGUGCACCAGUCCGGUUUAUUUCGAAAAUUUUUGUUACUGGAUUAUUCUGGGGGGAUGGUACGACAGGCCGGAUCCCCAUAGUGGAGUGCGAAAAUGUACUGCUGGCGUUCGGGACGGAAAAUACCCUGGGAAAGACCCGUCUUGUGAAGUCCUUCACCAGCGCAUAAAUCAUAGGCCAUUGAGUAAGGAGGAGUGGAAAACCUUCAUAAUCACCUGGCAAGAAGAAAAUAGUACCAUCAAUAUUUAUGACCCCGACGGAUUAGUUCUGUCAUAUAGCGAUGAUCAGCCUCCUAUAGCCAAGAAUGAUUCGCAACAAGAAUAUUACUUUUUCUUCGAUAAUCCAAAUGACGGAGUUCCAAAAAUCUACCGUCUUCACAAUUAUACGUAUACCAUGGUGCAGCAACCUCAAGCUGAAUUGAGUGCACAACUGCAGCCAACGGAUUCCGAUGACAUCUGCAUAGAUAUGCUCAUAGGAUUAUGUGCUAACUGUGAUAUGGAAGUUAGUAUAGUGGAUGGAAACAAUCAGUCACUUAUAUCACCACUAUUCCGUGGUAAUUCAGUGUCUCAAAAGGCUGGUCACGAUCUGCCACAGUGGCAACAUGCGAAGAUCAAAUUGCAAAAUGUCACGACGCAUUCAUCACCAUUUACCAUCAGGAUAAUCACGAAAUUGUCAGAUAAAAGCAAUAGCUUGAAUCUUCAUUGGGCAAUUGCAAACGUCCGAGAAUGUUUGCCGGAAGGAACUGUUAAAAAAACAUCUGUGACUGCGUUUCAAGACUCGGACGGUCGUUAUUAUUGGCCCAACGUCACGUGUCAAAAAUUAUCUUAUAAUGAUGAAGACAGGAUGCUCCUAGAUCCUGAUAGAAAGAUUCGGGCUUUUUUCGAGCCAACAAGCUUCACUGACGAUAGUCAACUCUGUCAAGAAUCUUAUUUUGGACCUUAUUGCGCUACACGUUGCAAUGAAUACUUUGAAUCAGAUUGUCGUAAUAUGAUAUUAUGCGAUGAACAGGAAUGUUAUUGUCCUCCGGGCAUAACGGGCGACAACUGUGAUUCCCGUUGUGGAGUAGGAAGCUACGGUUACGGUUGUAGAAAAGCCUGUGGAACUUGCUCGGGAAAAGAAGGAACGAAAGAUGUUUGUGAUGUCUUUACGGGAAAGUGCUCUCAAUGCCAAAACUUUCCAGAUAAAUAUCUUAUUCCACCUUACUGCAAAUACGGUCAAGCUAUAGUGCCUCCACUAAGUCCGUUCAUCACCAAUGUAACUUCACAGAGUGCACACGUAUCGAAUGUCAUUCAGCGUUAUGAAAAUGUUGAAAUGUCCUUUGGAUUUCAUUUAAGGAAGAAAUCAUCUUCAGAUUAUCAAUAUUUUGACGCCGAAGAAAUCCCUAAUUUUAAUUUUAAUUCAACGAACAAAGCAAUCAAAUUGAAUGCUUUGUUCAACAAUUUGGAAGCUGGCACACAGUAUUGGGUGAGGAUGUCAAUAUCCAUAAAAAACGGCGGUUACAAUUUGGAGGGGGCCUGGGGAAAUUUCACAACUUCAUGUCGAAAUUUCAACCAGUACAUUGUUGUGCCUGAUGAAUCAAGCUUGAAAGUCACGAAAGUUCCAAAUGAGGAAACUGCCGGUUCCUGUCCAGAUAGUUGGUACAAAAUCAAACUUUACUCUGUACCACAGCGCCGACUUGAGAACAGUUCUGGCAGAUUUCCCGUAAACUUCACAAAUUUGAAGCCUUACAGGGAUUAUGAAGUUGAAAUAACGGGCUUAGAUGGGAGUGUGUCCCUGAAGAAACAAGUGAAAACUCUAGAGGCUGCACCAUCAGAAGUAAGAAAGCUGCGUAUAGAUGACCUAGGUAGCACAACUGCCACAAUAACUUGGUCAGCGCCAGUCUCACCGAAUGGACGCUUAAGGGGAUACACAAUUAGAAUAAAACCCGAGUAUUACGUAGGCUGUUACGGAAAACAAUCAUCGGGAUUGAAUCUGGAAGAAAGAUCCAUUGAACUUGAUGCCUCUGCAAAAUCUGCUGUAAUCAAGGAACUAAGGCCAUACUUUGGGUACAGAAUUUCUGUAUCAGCUCACAAUUCCAAACCUGGGAUAGAGAACACAAUAUCAUUCGAAACAAAUGAAUUAGAAACUCCAAUCGAAAAAUGGGUCGAUCUCACAUUUGCGCCUGGAAAUUCAAGGCUGUCAUGGAAGGAUCCAGACUGCACAGCUUGGACUGGUGUAGUUAACGGUUCAAGAUUAUUCUUCACCGGAAUCAGCCUCGACGUCAAAGAUUUUCGCGACUCUCACACUACGCAAUGGCAUUCAUUCAGGUUGAAUAACACUAAACCACAAAACAUACAUGGACGCGAAACUUACAACGUGAAAGUUCAUCUGCUGCAUGCUCACAGAGCCGAUAAAUACAAUUCUGCUAUUUUUACCGAAUUGAAUUUCACGACUCCUCCAAGUGCUCCCCCGAAAGUUCGGAAUUUCAAGAUCGUCGAAGUUGACUCGGAAAAUCAGCUAAUAACUCUCAGAUGGCAGAAACCUUAUCCGCCAACUAACGGUCGAAUUAUUACCUACAAAAUUGAAGUUCCUUCUGCAAGAGGCAAAUUCAAGAGUUUUGAAGUAUCCGCGGAUGAACCGUGUUCCUUAUGGGACGAUUGGUUUUGCAAAACGGUCAAUCGAACGUACACAUCCUCUGGAUACAUAAAGGUAAGUGCCCGUAACGACGGAGUGGAGAAGACUGGUGAAACGAGUGAAAUAAGCAAUCAUAUAGUCGAAGAAGACCUGUUUCCUGGAAAACCUCGAGAUGUGAAUUUUUCCGUUUUUGAGAAUGGAGUUGUAUAUCUCAAAUGGCGACACCCAUGGAAGACAGGUGUUCCUAUAAAAAAAUUUAGGAUCAAGGGAAAAGUUUUGAGAACCGACUUAGCAAGACCCUUACGCGCUCCCGAGGACAAACCGUUUAAGGAAGUUUCAAUUGCAACUUACAAGAAGGACUACGACAUCCACAUGUAUCUUCUGCCAUCAACCAUGUAUGAACUAACCAUUCAGGGUGUCGGCAAGAGAUUGGAGGGAAAAAUGGAGACGGUAAAAGUGACGACUGAAUCCGCUUCCGAUUUCGGUCCAAUGCGAGAGCCCAUCAUCAAUGAUCAAGAAUCCCAAAUCAAUAUAAUCAUACCAGCAAUUGUCAACGACACGAGAGAAAACGUUAUUCACAUAAUAUUGAUUGGUCCUAGGCCCUGCAGUUCAAGUUGGCCCAUUCCAAAAAUGGCCGAAGAAGAUCUGGAUUUGAAGUCUGGUACAAGUGCCUGGCACAUCGCUAAAUUUCGAACGUUAGAUGUAGCAGAUACAGCCUUUACUAUCGGCAAUGAUAAAGUGCAUGGUGGUAUGGCUAAUUGUCCCCUGCCUAAUGGCACUUAUCAAAUCGCCUACGUGGUACAUAAUGAUAGUCGUAAGGCUUCGGACAGAUUUGUGAAGGUACUUCAUUGGCGAUCAAAGAAACUUCAAAUUGGGCCAGUGACGAAGAUACCCCAUGAAGCCUGGCUAGUACCACUUGUCCUGCUACUGAUUGCAGGAGCUGGCAUCGCAUGGUUCUACUCCAGAAGAAGGGCCGGAGUCAAACGAAGAGAACGUUCUGAUGACAUCUAUCCGCCGAUCCUCACUCCACGAAACCAGUCUUUAUGUAAGGAGACCUCGUUACUAGUGGCGAGCCGAGAAUCUAUAGCCGGAGUAUGUGAUGCAGUUCAAACUCCAGAUGUUGUUCCAGAAAGCGAAAGAACGCACAGCAACAACGCUUCCCCUACAUUGAUAAAACUCAAAGAGUUCCAGGAUUAUGUUAAAAAUGGCAUUGCAUCUGGAAAACUCAACGCACAAUAUGAAGCGUUUCCAAGGGGACAGACGAAGCCUUGGGAAUAUGGACAGCUCCCUGAAAAUAAAUCUAAAAACAGAUAUGCAAACCUAAUAGCAUACGAUGAAACGCGAGUGAAACUGGAAAAGUUACUCGACGAUCCAUACUCCGACUACAUCAAUGCAAAUUAUAUCAAGGGUUAUCAGAAGAACAAAGCAUACAUAGCUACGCAGGGUCCUCGACAGAAUACUCUUAAUGACUUUUGGCGAAUGAUUUGGCAGGAACGAGUUCAAGUUAUUUGCAUGCUGGCUAAUGUUCUUGAAAGUGGGAAGACAAAAUGCGAGCAAUACUGGCCUGAAAUUGGGAAGGAACUUACAUUCGGGAACAUUACUGUUCACAAUUUGAGCCAUACCACUUUUGCGGAUUACACUUUCAGGACUUUCUCAGUUACAUGCGAUCAAGAGACGCGGAGGAUGGAACAUCUCCAUUAUACCGCAUGGCCGGAUCAUGGAGUACCUCAAUACAUCCAGUCGGUUGUUACAUAUUUGAAGAAGUUGCUUGCAACACCGCUAGGUCAUGGUCCUAUUGUUGUUCAUUGCAGCGCAGGAAUUGGACGAACAGGAACGAUCAUCUUAUGUGACAUAUGUCUGCGGAAAGCUGCGGCUCAAGGCGUCAUCGAUGUCUUUGCGGAAACGACGGAAAUACGAAAUCAGAGAGCUAAUAUGGUCGACAACGAACAACAAUAUCUUCUCGCUCAUUUAGCGUUAGUUGAGUGUCUCUUGUCGCUGCCAACGGCAAUACCUUGCAAUGACACACUACCAAUGAGAAUUCAGGAGUACAAGAAGCAACUUCCUCUUCAGCAACAGAGGCUUGACGAAAGCACUUGGCAAGAUAAGGCACUUCGAUCACCGAUGCAUAAGCCGAUGGAAUUAUCUCAAAAGAAUAUCGCCAAAAAUCGGUACCCGGAAUUGGCUGCACUCGUCGGCCCAACCCUUCAUAUUUCUCGAUAUCCUACAACAGAUGAUGACAGUGAUUACAUAUUUGGUAGUUAUGUAGACAGCGCCAUGCGUAAAAAUAAUUAUAUUGCUUCGCAACUGCCGUUACCAUCGACGGUCAACGAUUUUUGGAGGAUGAUUGCGGAAUUCAAUGUUGAACUUGUUAUUGUUCUACAACCUCCUGAUGAGAAAGAUCCUACAUGCUGUGAAUUUGUACUACAAUUCGAUGAGGAGUUAAAUCCGACCCCUUUCUUGAAUUUCAAAGGAAGAGAAUCGAUUGAUGAAGAUAUCUGUACAAGUCGGAAAAUACUGUUGACUGAUUCGUCGGCGAAACCGCCGAAAGAACGAGCAAUUACUUUCUUAUGUUUAAAAGAAUGGGAGCCGGGAGAGUAUAAAUCACCGCCGAAACCGAUAACUCUCGUUAAUUUUUGGCAAUAUGCUGAGAGAAUUCCUAGGGGAGACGGACCCACAGUGGUUCUGUGCCACGACGGAGUUCGGAACUGCGGCCUCUACUUGGCACUGAGUUUCUUACUGGAAAGAAUGGGAUUGGAACGGGAGUGUGAUGUUUGCUUGGCUAUUCGAGCUAUCCGAAGAUCGCGACCAGAUUUCUGCAAGACUCUGGAUCAAUUCGAAUAUUUAUAUGAUACUGCCCUGGUCUAUGCCGACUACUUUGAGACGUACGCAAAUUUUAUGUGAUCAUCUGUCUGUUCUUGUUUUUCAAUAAAAACAUACAGACGCCGAGUAAAUGAAAUAUUAUAAAAUUCUAACAUUUAAGAAUCUCAGUCACUGGCCCAGAGAAAUUUAUAUCUAAACUAUUUUAUAUGUAAUGAAAUUUUUAUAUGUAUGAUUAAUAAAAGUAUAUAGAAUCUAGGAUCACUGUCGGCCUGGAUGGUUUACAUCGA